CGUGCUUCGCCUUAUAGCUUUUAGGGAAAUUUUCAUGUCAAAUUAUAUAGCUAUCUAAGAAGUGGUUAGACAAUUGUCUAGAUGGAUCAUGACAUCGUCUUUAUCAUUGAGCCUCUGCCCGUCAGUACGAAGAACCGGAGUUACGGUCUUGUAUGAGCCACCAACAGGAGAUGAUACAGUCCUUGACAUCCUUUUUGUUCAUGGCUUGCAGGGCCAUCCGCGGAAUACUUGGACAUGGACUCCCAGUUCCAAAAAAGCGCUGAAUCCGACAGCUCUAGAGAGCAAGCCCGGCAAACUCAAAAGGGGUUUCUGGCGUAAAACGAAGACAGAGGAGGAGAGUUCAAAUACGCUCGAUGGCGAUACCUUUGAUCAGUGCGAUGUCUAUUGGCCAUAUCAUCUUCUUCCUGCCGACUGCCCGAAUGCCAGGAUACUUACUUGGGGCUAUGAUUCAGACAUUUCCAAAUUCUUCAGUGGGUCCGCGAAUAAAAACAACAUAUUUGCACAUUCUCGAGACUUACUCGAGGACAUCAUCUGGGAGCGGCGGAACGAGUCGAAACGCCAGAUCAUUUUCGUGGCACACUCGCUUGGAGGCAUUAUUGUUAAAGAUGUAAUCUUCUGAAUCAUAUGAUCGAUGCAAAGGAAUGACGUUGUUGUAGUUACUUCUCCGCGCAAAUGAAAGCAACGUCGAUAGUCACCAACAACUUUGCAAUUCAGCAAUAGCAACAUUGUUCCUUGGGACUCCCCACAGGGGCAGCACGUAUGCUGACAUGGGAGAAACGGUUAGGCGUGUCGCAAGCAUCGCAGGAUUUGAUACAGCUAGCCAGAACAUACAAGCCCUCGAGGUUGACGGUGCGUUACUGGAAAAUUGUGAUGAACGCUUCCAAAAGUUAUGCGAACGUCUAAAGCGCCACUACGAGGUUCAUACUUUUCAAGAAGCGCAAGGAAUGAAAGGCACUCAAAUGCUUAGUCUUAAUGAGAAGGUUUGCAGCAUACAUCUUCUUUAA